UUGCUCAGAUGGUCACAGUUCACGUGUUCAGAGUACUACGGAACCGACGUCCCAAAUAGUUUAUUUUAGUACGAAGUUGAUGAGCUGUGCUUCACAGAGUUCAAAGUUACGUUUCUGUUGAGAUAUGUUGUCGAAUAUUUUGUCGAGAUCUUCGUUGGGACGUACAUCAGUCAUUAUGAGGCAUCUUCAGCCCUCAUGUGCACCAAUGUCAUCAGCUCCAUCUCCAGAUGAAGACGUCCUGUUUGACAAAGUAGACAAAAAAUGUUUGGUCAUUUUGAAUAGACCCAAAGCUCUCAAUGCACUCAACUUAUCCAUGGUUCGGAAGAUAACACCAAAGCUUAAGGAAUGGGCUGCCGAUCCACAGAACAGUAUGGUGAUUAUCAAAGGAACUGGUGAAAAGGCCUUCUGUGCAGGAGGAGAUAUAAAAGCCGUGACGGAACUCGGCAAGGAGAGUGUUUCCAAGGGAGCGAUCUUCUUCAGAGAGGAAUACAUCCUAAACAACGCCAUAGCCACCCUACCAAUACCCUACAUUGCACUCAUUGAUGGCAUCACUAUGGGUGGAGGUGUGGGUCUGUCAGUCCACGGCUUGUUCAGAGUGGCCACAGAAAGGACUCUCUUUGCCAUGCCCGAGACGGCUAUUGGUCUCUUUCCUGAUGUGGGAGGGGGCUACUUCUUACCCAGACUCCAAGGCAAGCUGGGACUAUACCUGGCCCUCACAGGUUACCGACUGAAGGGACGUGAGGUACAGAAAGCCGGGGUGGCCACGCACUUUGUAGAAUCAAACAGGAUGAAAGAAUUAGAAGAUAAAUUGCUCGCAUUGCCUGGCCCCAGCCAGUCAGACAUUGUCCAGCUACUAGAUGAAUACCAAAGUCAGAGUCAACUAGAUGCAGACAAGCCCUUUUCACUGGAGCCACACAUAGACAACAUCAAUAGGCUGUUUGGUGGUGGUUCCUUGGAGGAAAUNAUUCAGGCUCUUGAGAGCGAUGGCUCAGAUUGGGCACUGAAGCAACUGGAGAUAUUGAGGAAGAUGUCUCCUACUUCCAUGAAGAUCACCCACCGACAGCUGACUCUAGGAGCUAGUAUGAGCCUACAGGAUGUGUUACCUAUGGAGCUUCGGAUGGCACACGGUUGUGUUAGGGGCAAGGAUUUCUAUGAAGGGGUCCGAGCUGUGCUUGUGGAUAAGGACAACAAUCCUAAAUGGUCACCUGACACCCUAGAGGGGGUGACAGAUGACAUCAUAGAGGAUCACUUCCGUCAUCUUGAUGACAGUGAAUUGAUUUUAUAGGACAUCACCGUAACGCACAUUUACUGGAUAUUUCUACAAUUAUGUGCCAUAUGAACAGAGGUAUAUAUGUAAAUCAAAAUGUUUUUAUCGUGAUUACAGACUACGAGGACUGACAAAGAUUUGAAACUUACACUAAGGCCCUGUCUCAGUUAUUGGGUAUAAAUUCGUUUGUGAAUGCUGUAAGAGAUUCCAGGAAGAUCCUGCAUAUGUCUCGUCUGAGUAUCAUCGUGCGGCUCAGAAACGACACCUGAUAUAUGCAACCCUUUGUGCUAUCCAGUAAGAGCCAACUGUAGAGGCUGUGAUGUCAUGUGGAUCAGAAACCUGCUAAAUGUUUUUGAUCAGAUGAUAGGUGUCAGCCAACUGACAGAUGAGUCGCAGAUCAGCUGAUGAUGCUCAGCCAACCUGCACUGCAAGCAUGUUUUAGACCUGGAGACUAGAGUGUGCCUGACCUGCUUCUCUGUACAUUGUAGGUAGCAAAUACACAAAUACGAACCAACAUUGUUGCAUA